AGACUGGAGGGGAAACACCUUCAUGGGUCUGUCGCCUUCAAGGAGCACGCACGAUUGCCCGCUAUCGCGCCAGCCACAGACAAGGUCCGUCCAGUCUCCACAGGGUUCGAUGACGAUGGAAAACAAAUGCCGACCACGAGCCUCACGAGGCCGACUGCGAAAUGCUCCCGGGGCGCCGCGGCAAGGCUACCGCUGGCGGUCCGGCGCCCGAGGACGAGCGGGAGCGCGUCUCUGCGGGGCGAGCGGGGCAGCUUCUGGGCUCGCUCUCCGUCCAUGGCGGCCGUCAGCUCCCCGGGAAGGCCGGUCCAGCGUGCGCAGAGCGUGCAGAUGUGCGUCAAAGACGACGAUCCACGGGAGAGUUGUAGGCAUCAUUGGAAAUCAGAAUUCCGAUGUUCAUUACACAACCCACCCAGGACCGAUAAGGACACAGCCAAGUAUGGGGUCCUUUUGUUGUGAAUUCCGGUCAGGGGACGCCUUGCGUUUUGGGGAGGAGAGGGCGUAUCGAGAGGAGGUGCGCGCUGCAGUAGAGGGAGGCAAAGGGAUCCUGUGCAUGUAGGGUAGUCUGUCCAGCAUAGGUCGUCGUCGUGGGUGAUGGAGGCAACGAUGAAGAAAUGAUUGCUCCGCGG